CCUUUCUCCCGUCCAGUAGCCGAAGAUUAGUGCCUCCCGGUGGGAGCUGCCGGGAAGGGGCUCGUAAAGGCGCGGGGAAGCCAGGACUUCCCGUGAGGGGCUAGCACUUGUCCUCCACUCGGCCCCGGCCAGGCCCUCCGGGUCCCGGCUUUGCGGACCAGGUGACCUGCCCUGCCUGAGGCGCCGCCAUGGCCCAGCAGAGAGCCCUGCCCCAGAGCAAGGAGACGCUGUUGCAGUCUUACAACAAGCGGCUCAAGGACGACGUCAAGUCCAUCAUGGACAACUUCACCGAGAUCAUCAAGACCGCCAAGAUUGAGGACGAGACCCAGGUGUCGAGGGCCACUCAAGGCGAACAGGACAAUUACGAGAUGCACGUGCGAGCCGCCAACAUCGUCCGAGCUGGCGAGUCUCUGAUGAAGCUGGUGUCCGACCUCAAGCAGUUCCUCAUCCUCAACGACUUCCCGUCGGUGAACGAGGCCGUCGACCAGCGCAACCAGCAGCUGCGGGCUCUGCAGGAGGAGUGUGACCGGAAGCUCAUCGCCCUGCGGGAUGAGGUGUCCAUCGACCUCUACGAGCUGGAGGAGGAGUACUACUCGUCCAGGUACCGAUAGGGCCGGACCCCGCGCAGAGCGCACCUGCGGACCCGGGCCCGCCGCGCAGCCCAGAGGCCCGGUCUUCCCACACCUUCCCCGUCUUGGCAGCAGAGCCCUCCGCCCAGGUGUCAGAGCAGGCCUCGCGGGCAGAGCUUUCGAUCGACAGACAGUGGGCGCCGUCACCGGGCCGGGGCAUCGAGAUGAAAGUCACAGAACCGCAAGGGUUGGGGGCGCCACGCCAGCGUUUCUGCCUGGGGGCCUGUCUGGUCCUCUUAGCUGUCUGAUCGGCAUCGAAGCUUUCCAGCCCAGGUCGGCCUAGCUCUCUUGGCCGCCCAGGCCCGUGUCCAGGACACCAGUGCCUGCCCAGGGGUGCAGUUCCACGUGGGCACAACCGAAACCCUUUGCGUGUGUGUGUGUGUGUGUGUGUGUGUGUGUGUGUGUGUGUAAGAGAGGGUGAGGGGCGGGCCCCAGGGAGGAGGGUGGCCUGGAGAGCCAGGCCUGGGAUCCCUGGACCCCUGAGUUCCCAUUCAGCUCAGCCUCAUUCACAGUCAGGAGCCCUCCUAUGUGCCAGGCCCAGGCCGGGCCCCAGGGGUACAGCAGCAGGCAAGGCCUGUCGCCCCAGCCCUCAUGUGGCCACGUGGAGUCCUGAAACCAGAGGCGGUCUGAGCUGGAGGAGUCAGCUCAAACCCCCAGGAGCCCGAGUCCACAUGUGAUUCUCGCACCAGGAAUCAGGCUGCAGAGGCCCCGCCCCUCUGUCCCCUUAGCUGGGAAAACCAGGUCACACCUGCCUCACCCUCACCGGACAAAUGUGUUCUUCCUGUCAUGGAUUUUCAACACUCCUUUCUGUCCUGCGGUGGCCGUGCUGGCCAGCAAGUCUGUGGUCUGGGGCUUGGUUUCCCUGCUCUGGACUCAGUGCCACUCCUUGUGGUCUCUGCCCAUCUGGGGCCAUUGUGGGAAGGGACAGAGGGUCACUGCCCAGCUGGAGUGGUUUAGACUCUUCCAGAAGGUUCCUGACACCCACGGGCUCAGCAGAGAUGAGGCGAGUGCCUCUGUCCUCGGCCUUCAGAGAGGGUCCUGAGUGGGUCCCUGGGGGGUUUCAGACCCUGCUGGGGACGCUGCUCCCGGCCCUACUUGGUUUUGUAGAGUGCCUUAUGCCCCUGUGUUUGUCCUCCCUGCUGCCGCCAGGGCCAGGCGCCUGGACUGAGCAGUUGCAGGAUAGUUCAGCCCUGCCUCUUGAGGUUGAGGGCCCGGGGGCACCAGGGGUCUGAGUCAGCCUCUGGUUCACCCAGUGGGGUUUCUGGUGGCUCCUGGGGUCCCUUCCCCCUGCUCCGGGUGGCUCCAGAGGCUGGGCUCCUCCCUCGCCUGUGAAUGCCUGUUAGCGGCCCGGGUUCAGCAGAGUGCCGGUGGCUGGCAGGCUCUAACCCUCCCAGCUGGUCGCUCAACACAGGGUGCGUGUGCCCACCCCCUGGCCACCAGCACUCAGCUUGUCCCUGUGUGUCCCCGCCGCCCACCCCCCUUCACGCUCACUUCCCCGCUUUCCGCUCACGACCUGCUCGCUCUUUGCCUCUCGCCCUCCGCUCUCCUUGGGACUCUGCUCUGUGUCUGUGUCCAUGAUGGCUUCAGAGCCUGAAGGCUGAGGGCAGGGCCGGGUUCGGGAGAAAGCCGGCCCGACGAGUGUGGGGCUGCACCCACUCCAGUCGCCCCCCUGACAGCCUUCACGAGCCCUGCUCUUCGCCCGCCUCCUCACUGAGAGGCUGGCCUUGCUGUCCCCGUAUGAGAUGGGACCCUGAGAUCAAGGGGACAAGGGGCCUGCUGGAGGCGCACAGCUGGCGCAGUGCCGCAGGACCGGAGGCCAGGGUCCCUGCCCUCAGAGGCCUUGCAUAGUGUGGGGACCAGGAGAGACCAUAGCGAGCUCUGGACACUGGUUCCUGCCGCUGGUGAGUGGAGCGUGGAGCCAGGCUGGCAGCUGGAGCCAGGACAGGAGGUGGCAGCGGGGCUAGGAAGGACGUGGGUCAGUCAGGGGAAGGGACCUGCUGAGGUCCCACAGCCUGCUGGUGCCUGGACCCAGUAGGCUCCCUUUCGGACUCUGGAGGGCCCUGAAGCCGGGGCACCUCCCCCCCAACCCCAAGGGUCAGGCCUGCUUGCCGGAGGGACCAGCACAGAGGAGAGGAGGGGAAGGCAGGUCUGUCUGUGGUCUGUUUUCUUAACUCGGCUUCUAUCUCGCUUUCCCUCCCUGGCUUCCACCUCUGCCUGCUCCUGUCUCUCCCUGGGUUUCUGGUGGUGGAAAAGCUCAAGUCUUUGCGAAGCUAACGAUCUGCCUCUGUGCGAAGCUUACUGGAGGCUGGACCUCGACACAGACUCUGCUGAUGGCCUCUCAGCCCCUCCGCUGAUGUCCCCGGAGCCCAGUGCUGGGCC